AUGGCCGCUGUUUUCGGAACGCUUCACAAUCAUCAAGUGGGAAAUUCGCACAGAACGCAAGAAAAGGAGCCGAGUCCAUGGGAGUUUAGUACACCAGACAACCAAGACACUGGCCCUACUUCCUCGACGCCUUAUCCUACGAACAAUCAAACCCCACAGCAAAAGCUCAACUUUGAUCCUCCAUCUCCGCCGAAAUUCAAUGGUCUUUUACCGGCACACAACCAUCCCACAACGCCUGAUAGGCAUGGACAGGCAUAUUUGAGUGGUAGACAGAGCCAACCGAGGUCAGGUACAGGCAUAGACCCCUCUUAUCUCUCGCCGCCACCCAAGAUCGGCAGCCGACCGGAGUUGAAUGCGAGCAGAAGUGGCAGCGAAGCAGAUAGUCUAUUGGACCUCUACAGCAAACCCAGAAGCCUAGGUGAAACUAGCUUGAGAGAAAGCAUGGACAGAACGGAUCGAGGGCUGGCGCAGGAAGAGCCGUUCCUGGAAGUUGAGGACCCCGAACGAUCACGGUGGAUACACAGAGACAAGCUGGCAAUGAUAGAGAGCCAUGAGAUGCAAGAGGCUGGGAUUAAGCUGCCACCACAACGACAAAGAUCUAUCACUAGUAGAUCGAGAAGUCGACGGGAGAAGAACAGGAGCCAGGAUCAGAGUACAGUGGCGCCUGAUCGAGAUGAGGGAAUGCCGCCACUGAAGGAUCGGCAGGACAGAAGGACAGAGACACCAACACGGCAAGAUGACCGAGGAGAGCAAAACGUGGUGAACGAAUUUGACAUAAGGACACCAGAAGAGAUAGCAGCGGACAAUCACAUCGCCACGAAUCUCUCAAACGGAUACCACCAACCACAGCCUGACCUGCGAAAAAGCUCAUCUCGUAUACCCCUACCACGCUCGAGCCCCAUGCCUAUACCACAAGAACACAUCGAACGAGACCAUCCGCUCCCGCGAAAACGAGGCACAAGCGGCAACUAUAGCAACAGCGACGACAACGGCCUCUCUUAUUCUCGAAUACGCAGCCGUAACAGCAGCGUCGGCAGCGCCAUCCUCCUCGACGAUAUCGACAACACCCCCAAUCACACACCUACACCUGCUUCCAACCCGGGCCCUCUCAACCAAUUCACCCCUUCCAACACUCAGCGCACACCCUCCUCAGCUCAACGACCCAAACCUCGCUCCGGCCUCGACACCACCCCUUUAAGUCAAAAGCCCCGAAUCAUCUCCACCACACCAACCUCCCUACGCACCCCAUCCUCACGCACCCCAUCCUCAACCGUCCAACGGCCCAAAUCUCGCUCCGGUCUCGAACCCCGCCCUGCAACCGCCAUAAAUCGCCCCGUGGGCGAAGCCCCCUGGCUAGCCACCAUGUACAAACCCGACCCGCGACUACCACCCGAAGAACAAUUGCUCCCUACACACGCGAAGCGAUUACAACAAGAGCAGUGGGAGCGAGCGCAGAAGGAGUCGCAGCAGCGGAUGCGGGAAGUCGAAGCCCAACAACGCAAACACCACCACCAAAAACCCACCGCGCAGUUGCCGCGCGAAUUCUCACCUUUAGCCGAACACACAAUCAACGGUCUCCAACCCUCCUCCCGCGACGCAGACGAAAAACCCCUACAAGACCAAUCAUCAGCUUCCGAAUGGCCCCUGACGCAAGCCACACCACGCAAGCCACCACCGGCAAGCGGCGGCGGCUUGAAUGCCAACCCAGCCGCGGGCGGUGGUGACGACGGAGGACAACACGCAGGAUACAGUCCCAUCCCUCGCGUGAAGCAGGGAGCAAGUCCCACUCUGGGGAACGUAACGGACAUCAGGCCCGGUCAGAGGGCGCUGGAUCCGUUUGAGAGGGAGAGAAUGGCGAGAAGGGACGAGGAGAAGGGCGGAAGGGCGGAUCCGGGGAAGAAGAAGGAGAAAGGGUGCGGGUGCUGCGUCGUCAUGUGA